CACAUGCAAGGCUUUUUUCGUCUUGUUCCCCGAACGGAGAAACAACGCAUCCCUCCCCAUCAUGGCUCCUACUCGAUCCGUCAAGAAGCCCGCAAGUGGGAAAGGCGCUCUUCCGUCGUCUAAGCCCAGCUUUCUCCACGAUGAGUUCCGCACCACGAAAAAGGACAAGCGCUUGAUCAAGCACAGCAGCUUUGUGUCGCGGAUAGAAAAGAACUCUCAGAAAUCUACAAAGCGCCGGCGUGUCUCCAAGAAACUUGCUGCUCUGGACUCGUUGGCCGAUGCGCUUCCGGACGCCGACGACGAUGUCGCCGACCCUAGCAAACAGGUUAAUAUCAUUAAGCAGAAAACCCUGCAGCAUAGACCGGGUGCUAUGAAGCGUCGGGAGAAGCUGGAACGGCUGGAGCGCGAUCGGUUUGCGAAGAAUAUGGCGCAGAUGUCCAGCAUGCAAGCACCAGCGCCAACCGCUACCGACUCCAACAGCAACACAGAUGAAGGCUCGGUCUCCAAUCGAUGGGCGGCCCUGCGGAACUUUAUAUCUCAAACUAUGGAGCAGCAGCCUGCCUUCAAAUCAAGCAGCUAGAUUGUCGAAAUAUUGGAAUAUGGAUUGUCUCGAGCGCAACUCGCUCAAUCCUCCUUUUCAAUCUGGGUGGCAGUUGGCACAAGUUGCAGCCGGUUGCUGUAACAACCCGCUUUCCAGUAUAAUCUGUGGCAGAGUCAAAAUGCCACUGGUUCCCCCCUCAGUUGACGCUCCGGGCUACCGCGUACGUGUCACCUGAGGAUUAUCGCUUUCCCAUGUUGACAGGGCGUCCCAGGCGAAUGAACCAGUAUAGACGCCUCAAUUGGAAGAAUGGCAGCCGUGACUACGAACUUCCAGUGUCAUGAAAAGUACGGAACCGUUCAGUUGGCCUAAGCUAAAUGUACGAUACGACCUUGACACAUU